AUGGGGCUGGUGGAAACAGGGCUAUGGGGCUGGUGGAAACAGGGCUAUGGAGCCGGUGGAAACAGGGCUGUGGGGCUGGGGAAACAGGGCUAUGGGGCCGGUGGAGACAGGGCUGUGGGGCUGGUGGAAACAGGACUGUGGGGCUGGUGGAAACAGGGCAAUGGGGCUGGGGGAAUCAGGGCUAUGGGGCCGGUGGAAACAGCGCUGUGGGGCUGGUGGAAACAGGGCAAUGGGGCUGGGGGAAUCAGGGCUAUGGGGCCGGUGGAAACAGGGCUAUGGGGCUGGUGGAAACAGGGCAAUGGGGCCGGUGGCAACAGGGCUUCCUUGGGGCCGAUGUCAAAUAAGUAA